AAAUCCCCUUAUUGUUUAGGACAUUCUGAGUUGGGUUUUGUAUUGCUUCCUGCCAAAAGCAUACUAUCUUAUAUAACAGGGGCGCCGGGCUGGCUUGGUCGGUGGGCAUGCAACUCUUGGUCUUGGGGUUGUAAGUUUGAGCCCCAUGUUGGGUAUGGAGCCUACUUAAAAUAAAUUUUUUUAAAAAACCUUAUACAAUAGUUCAUAGAAACUUUUGGUAAAAUGAUUAAUAAUAAAAAUAUUAAGGUCCUUUUAAAUGUGUAUGUCCUCUUUUCCACUGCAAACAUAGCCCUGGGAGAACAAAGGUUCUCUGUCCCCUUUCCUUUUGUCAGCUUUUGGCCUUCCUCCGCCUGCAGUUCCUGGUCAACCGAACUGAUGUGCUUCUUCCUCUCAGUCUUCUCAGGAGUCUUGGCUGAACUUAAGUCGGAAAUUGAAAGCACACAGAGAACAUCUACAGGUACCUUCUCCCCUCUUACAGGCAAGUGUGAACGGAGCCGCAGUCUGAUUUCCCGGUGGUGUUGAAGGGCCAGGAGGCCCCCUCCAGGAGAAUCCCCUCCCCGCCGGAAGCCUAGCCAGGGGAUUCUGACCCCAGGGCAGUCCCAAAUCUCCCAGAGCCUAAGCAGCUUUGAGCAUGACUCUUUCUUUUUUUUUUUUAGAUUUUAUUUGAGAGAGAGAGACAGAGAGAGAGCAGGUGCCCAAGCGGUGGGGAGGGGAACAGGGAUAACCAGACUCCCUGUGAGUGCGGCUCGAUCCCAGAACCCUGGGAUCAUGACCUGAGCCCAAGGCGGACACUUAACCGACUGAGCCACCCAGGCGUCGGAGCUUGACUCUUGAGACAAGAACCAAACUGGAUUCUGCGGGCUCCGGGGUAUGACUAGGGAUCCCUCCACUGCUCAGUUCCCUGUGUGGCGGCCCUUGGAUCCUUGAGAGGAAAAAGCCUGCAAGGUUCUCUCUCCUUCUCUGACCCACUUGGUUUCUGGACUCUUUCUCCCUUCUCUCCUCUCCACCCCACUCCUCACCUUCUCAUCUCUCCACUUCUAUUUCUCCCUUCCCUUGGUCUCCCACUUAUCUCCCGCUUUCCCCACCUCCAUGUUCUCCCCCUCCCUUCCUUCCAGCCAGACAGGAGGACAGCAGUGUGCUGCGGAGAGCGUCCCCUUAAGGGGUACAAGUGUUUCUUCCUCUUCCUCUUCUUUUUUGUGUGCAAGUAAUAUUUUAUUUCUUCCCCUGGUUGCUAGUAACGUUGCUGUAUAUUUUUUGUGAAAAUUCACCUUGCCGCGCUGGGAGAACUUCUAACUGACAGUGGCCCUCUCUGGCUGGGAGAGGAUGCGCCCGCUCCCAGAGCUCAGGACCCGCUGGGCCCGGCUGUCAGGAGACGCAUGCUGAAGUGUUUGACGGUGAAAUAUCAUGAUGCCUGAAACUUACUUUCAAAGGAAUUGUGGCAAAAUAUUAACAACUGCUCUUUCAGGCAGGAACCCCAGGUCCAGUCAGGCCCUCGCACCCUAGGCUCCAGCUCUGGAUGCUUGCUGGAAGGUGCUGACCCCCAACCCAGGCCUGCCAGUGGUCGCCAGGCCUGCUCCCUUCCCCGCCAGCAACAGGGGGAAUCAAGUAGGCAGGGCGCCAACAACCGUGGAGGGAGGGUGCGGCUCUCCUGCUGUUGCGCAGGGGUGGGGCGUCCCCCUCCCCACAUAGACCCGCCGUCAGGCCAGUGGGAGGAGCUGCCCGUGCCCCCCCUGAGCCCGCAGGGCUAUAAAGCCGCCUCGCAGCGGUCUGCAGCUUCUUCCCAGCUCCCGGACCAGCUCUGCCAGCGGUGAGUGCCCAUCCUCGGCCACCAUGAGCCACCCGUCGGGCCUCCGGGCCAGCGUCACUUCCACCUCCUACCGCCGCACCUUCGGGCCACCGCCCUCACUGUCCCCCGGGGCCUACUCCUACGCAUCCAGCUCCCGCUUCUCGAGCAGUCGCCUGCUGGGCUCGGCGUCCACCGGCUCCUCCGUGCGCCUGGGCAGCUUCCGCGGCCCCCGGGCAGGCGCGGGCGCCCUCCUGCGCCUGCCCUCGGAGCGCCUCGACUUUUCCAUGGCCGAGGCCCUCAACCAGGAGUUCCUGGCCACGCGCAGCAACGAGAAGCAGGAGCUGCAGGAGCUCAACGACCGCUUCGCCAACUUCAUCGAGAAGGUGCGCUUCCUGGAGCAGCAGAACGCGGCCUUGCGCGGGGAGCUGAGCCAGGCCCGGGGCCAGGAGCCGGCGCGCGCCGACCAGCUGUGCCAGCAGGAGCUGCGCGAGCUGCGGAGGGAGCUAGAGCUGCUGGGCCGCGAGCGCGACCGGGUGCAGGUGGAGCGCGACGGGCUGGCGGAGGACCUGGCGGCGCUCAAGCAGAGGUUGGAGGAGGAGACACGCAAGAGGGAGGAUGCGGAGCACAACCUCGUGCUCUUCAGAAAGGACGUGGACGACGCCACCCUGUCCCGCCUGGAACUAGAGCGCAAGAUUGAGUCGCUGAUGGAUGAGAUUGAGUUCCUCAAGAAGCUGCAUGAAGAGGAGCUGCGAGACCUGCAGGUGAGCGUGGAGAGCCAGCAGGUGCAGCAGGUCGAGGUGGAGGCCACCGUGAAGCCCGAGCUGACGGCAGCGCUGAGGGACAUCCGCGCUCAGUAUGAGAGCAUCGCGGCGAAGAACCUGCAGGAGGCGGAGGAGUGGUACAAGUCCAAGUACGCGGACCUGUCCGACGCCGCCAACCGGAACCACGAGGCCCUGCGUCAGGCCAAGCAGGAGAUGAACGAGUCCCGACGCCAGAUACAGAGCCUGACUUGUGAGGUGGACGGGCUGCGCGGCACGAACGAGGCGCUGCUCAGACAACUGCGGGAGCUGGAGGAGCAGUUUGCCCUGGAGGCGGGCGGGUACCAGGCGGGCGCCGCGAGGCUCGAGGAAGAGCUGCGACAGCUAAAGGAGGAGAUGGCGCGGCACCUGCGCGAGUACCAGGAGCUCCUCAACGUCAAGAUGGCCCUGGAUAUCGAGAUCGCUACCUACCGCAAGCUGCUGGAGGGCGAGGAGAGCAGGAUCUCCGUGCCAGUCCAUUCUUUUGCAUCCUUAAGUAUAAAGACGACUGUGCCUGAGGUGGAGCCUGCUCAGGACAGCCACAGCAGGAAGAUGGUUCUGAUCAAGACCAUCGAGACCCGGGAUGGGGAGGUGGUCACUGAGUCCCAGAAGGAGCAGCGCAGUGAGCUGGACAAGUCUACUCACAGCUACUGAACCCGUUGGUCCAGAGCUCCCUGACCUUGCCCGAGGCCUACUCCAAGUCCCAGACCCUAACACCAGUACUGAAUUAGUCCUCUCUUGCUCUGCAUGUGUCUAGGGGGUGGCACAAGUCACCCCUUCCCUGGCCUGUGGCGAAGCCUUACCCAGCCAGCAGUAGCUGGCCCUUCUAUCCCUGCCCUGACACAUAUAUAUGACCUGUAUGUUCCCCUUAUCGAGUCCUAGUAAGAGGCCAGUGAUCCCCAGAUCAAGUCUACUCCUGCCAUUAUCCCAUGACCAGUGGAGUGGGCCAUGGUCUGAGUUUCAUUUUUGAAUCAAAUAAAACCGCUGUCAGGAGAAACCA